GACAACUCAUCCUUGGUUAGCACAACGGACUCCCUGCCAAGCCAUUGCUUGUAUUGGGUGAGUUAACACUUUCAUCAUUUUUGUUUCUAUCUCGUCGUCUAGUUGUCCUAGGUUUGGAAAUGCUCUUUAUCACGGUCUCCCUGCAUUCUGCCUUCCUUCCCAAAAGCCCCAGGUAUGGAACCGCUGGACAGCCCGAUGCGACUGAUGAAACCUGUAUGGACUCGAUACCUAGUCACUACUUAUUUCCUGGCGUCAUUACAUAUACCAUUUGCUGACGAUAGACGAUACGGACCGCGCAUCGCAACGUGGUGCGAUGUAAUUGCUACUGUCUAGACAGAGUUAGGUGAGUUACGUUGCCCGAUCCUGGUGGUCGCGAGAUUUUGGUGGCACCACACCG